CAUAAUAACAAGGCAACUGUCAACCAGUUGUGUUUAAUUUCCAUGAUGAACAACACUCUCUUGGUUUCCAUCAUCUUCUUCCUUCUCACAUGGUUAUACUAUUCAACACCCUUCAUGGUUACCCUUAUCGGGCUCGUGUUUUUGUUUGUGGCUGUCCUCUUGUCUGCUUUACUUGUAUCUUACCUCAAAGAAUUGAUGUCAAACGAUCAUCGGCCUCCGGUGGUAGGUUCAACUUUGACAAUGUUCAUACACUUCAACGACUUUUUCGAUUAUAUUGCCUUGAUUGCCAAGAAGCACCGCACCUUCCGUUUUGUUACACCAACACACAGUGAAGUCUAUAUCGCCGAUCCUAUUUGUGUCCAACACAUUCUUAAAUCCAACUUCCAGAACUACACCAAGGGUCGCCACAAAUUGAUAAUGGAUGAUCUUUUCGGGAAUGGGAUUUUCGCCGCAGAUGGAGAUAUGUGGCGACACCAACGAAAGCUUGCAAGUUUAGAGUUCUCCACUAAAGUUCUAAGAGAUUUUAGUACGGCUGUGUUCAGGUCCAACGCUGCUAAACUCGUUAAAAAGGUUUCAGAAUCAGCUGUUGAUAAGCAAAUCAUUUCUUUACAGGAUCUUUUGAUGAAAUCUACUUUAGAUUCCAUUUUCAAAGUGGGAUUCGGGUUUGAUCUUGAUACUUUAUCAGGUUCAGAUGAGGCGAGUAAUCAGUUUAUGACAGCUUUUGAUGAUUCAAAUAGUAUCAUCUUCUGGCGGUAUGUUGAUUUGUUAUGGAGGGUAAAAAGGUAUUUCAACGUCGGAUCCGAAGCUACUCUUAAGAAAAACAUUAGAGUGAUCGACAACUUUGUGUAUGAGUUGAUAGAACGCAAGCGAGAGCAGAUGAAAAACACGAAAGAUGACAGAGAUAAAGAAGAUAUAUUAUCAAGAUUUCUGAUUGAAAGUGAGAAGAAUCCUGCGAAUUUGACUGACCGAUACUUGAGAGACAUAUCACUCAGUUUUAUAAUCGCGGGGAAGGAUACAUCUGCAAACACACUCACUUGGUUCUUUUACAUGCUUUGUAAACACAAAGUAAUUCAAGAAAAAAUUGCAUUAGAAGUGAAAGAAGCCACUGGAGCCGAGUAUACAUAUUCUAUCAAUGAAUUUUCCCUCAAGUUAACCGAAGCCGCCCUUGACAAAAUGCAAUAUCUUCAUGCAGCUUUAGCGGAGACUCUCAGACUUUAUCCCGCUGUUCCUUUGGACGGAAAGUAUUCAGAGAAAGAUGACGUUUUACCUGACGGUUUCAAAAUAAAGAAAGGAGAUGGUAUAAGUUACAUGGUGUAUCCAAUGGGAAGGAUGACGUACAUUUGGGGAGAAGAUGCAGAGGAAUUCCAUCCUGAAAGAUGGCUCCACGACGGUGUUUUCCAGCCUGAAAGUCCAUUCAAGUUCACUGCAUUUCAGGGUGGACCAAGGAUAUGCUUAGGGAAGGAGUUUGCAUAUAGACAGAUGAAAAUUAUGGCAGCAUUUCUUGUCUUCUUUUUCAAGUUUCGACUCGUUGAUGAGAGCAAGGAAGCUACAUACAGAACCAUGUUCACCCUUCACAUGGACAAAGGACUCCACUUAUACGCGUCUCCUCGUUCAAAAGCAUAAUCCAAAUAUUUUUAAUCACGAACAUGUAUGUAUGAGAAAUAUAAUAAAAUAAGUGUUUGUGUUUGGAAUAAAGAUAAAAAUAGUGGAUGGGACGAUGGAGGUUUUUUAAA